UUGGUUUAAGGAAGAUAGCGGACCAUUGAUAUAUAUCAAUGUAGCGGACAAAUAUCUUUCCGACCGCAUAAUAGAGGGGGAAAAUGUAAUUUAUUUAAUAAUAAAUAUAUAUAUUGCUUUGUUAUUUGUUCGAGGUGGACAAAAAGAAUAAUAUGAUGGCCAGGGGGACGACAAAAACAAUAAAGUGGUAAAAUGUCCCUGGCUCAAAGGGUGCUGAUGACUUGGGUUUUUACCCUCCUCUUCCUCAUCAUGUUGGUCCUCAAAUUGGACGGAAAGGUACAGUGGAACUGGUUCCUCAUCUUCCUCCCCGUCUGGGUUUUCGAUGGCAUCCUCAUCCUCAUGCUCGCCAUAAAGAUGGCGGGUCGCUGCAAGCCCGGCUACGACCCACGAAACGGCUCGCCGGACCUGCGCCUGCGCUGCUGGUACCUGACGGCCAUGCUGCUGAAGCUGGGCUUCUGCUUGACCCUGUGCGCCAAACUGGAAAAACUGGCAGACGUAAAGCUGACGUUUGUGUGCAUCCCUCUGUGGACCAUGCUACUGGGAGCUCUGGUGGAACUGGGGCUGAAUAUAUUUCCUGAAAGACGAGAGGUUUAAACUAAAAGUCGAUCUGGAGGUGAAAUGUUUAUGUGAUGUAACUUGAAUUGUUUUCAGGGAUCAUGUGAUGAACUGGGAGUUGGUCUGUUCACUUUAAACUGGUUUAUAGUGGUUUGCUGUAUCUUUAAAACAACAAAUUCAACACUAGAGAAAGUUUUAUUUAUUCAUAAUUAAGCUUUAAUUUUUUUCUCCUAACUUUCCAAAUGUACAGUGUAAAUAUUAUGAAUGCUGUUGUAAUUUUGAGGCUGUAUUUGUGUCAUUUUGUUCUUUAUUUGCCAAACAUUUUAGCAUUUUUACGUGAAGGCAGAACAUUUGAAUUUGAGAAGUGUUUGCUUUAGAAAACCUGAAUCAUGUCUCUAAAUGCUUUAUAAUUUUGCCAAAUUAAAAUUUACGUUAAAGCUGUAACAGUAUUGAGCUGAAAUCCUUACCAGCAUCCUAAUGCUGGCUGAAAUAGUGAAUUUGUGAAAGUCUUUGAUUCUUUCCCAGUAUUUUGCAUUUCAUUGAAAGAGAUUUUAUGAAUGGUAAUAAAUGAUUUAAGCAACA